UCAUGUGUGUACUGAAUUUGGACGUGGGUAAAACCAAGUGGCAAUCGUAAAACACUACUUGCAUCUUAAUAACUUCACUGAGGUCAUUCAUACUUGUUAAAAAAAGCCAGGACAUCAUGACAUCAAGACAGAAUACUUUCAAUCAUGGCAAUGUGCACAUGUAUUUAUUUUAUUUUUAUAAAUUUUUUAACACUUAAUUUUGUGUCAACAGUUGAGAGAAAGAAUUACAAUUCUGAUAAUGAAAAACGUUGGAAUACACCACCAGAAUUAAUACCAGAAGCAUUGUCUGAUAUGAUAAAAAUUCAACAUUCAUCCCAGCCAAGAUUUCUACCAUUUUCUGCAAGUUUUACUGUAAAUUCUGGAUCAAGUAAUUCUCAUUCAUUAAGUAUUGCAGGCACAAAUAAUGGCAUCAGUUUAUCACAAUCACAAAGUAUGGCUUCAAGCGCAUUUGAAAAUGUCGGAUCAACUUUAUCAACAAGUCAAUCAAGUUCAUUUUCAGCUGGUUUAUCAGGAUUGUCAUCGUCUAAUUCAAAUGCAUUUAAUUUAAAUCAAUUUGGUGGUCAAUCAAAUGUUAAUUCAAAUUCAUUUGCAAUUGGUCAGGCAAGUUCAUCGUCAAAUGGAAAAAUAAAUAAUAAUAAUCAAGCAGUGAGUAGUGCUCAAUCAAGCGUUGGAUCAUGGAAUUCAGCAACAGCAUCUGGUCUUGGUGGUAGUGGAGCAGCAGUUGGAUCAUCAUAUGAAGAAAAUAAUAAACGACGUGGUAAACCUUCAUGGACAAACAUAAGUCCCAAUUACAAUGUUGGAGGAGUUUAUAUGACACCUGGAGGAGAAUAUUCUGGUCGGGGUGGAUUUUAUGGAGGACAUGACAAUCGACCACUUCGUCUUGAUAUUGAUGUGGAUGAUUCACAGUAUCAACAGACUCGUCCAACAGUUUUAAUCAGUGAUUAUCGGCCAUCAUCUGUUAGAAAUCAUCGAGCUUUUAUUGAUGAACACAGUGGAAAUAUUCAACGAUAUCCUAAACAACCAUCUCUACAAGUUUCAGCAGCAUCAGCAAGUUCAUCUUCUAAUUCACAAAAUGGUUUUUCUACUGGACAAUCAUCUUCUUACAGUGGACAUGGUCAACCAUCAUCUUGGACUCAAAAUUAUGGUCAAACAACAGGAAAUGCUCAGAGUCAUUCUCAAGCUACUUCAUCAGCUUUUGAACAAAAUAAUAAUGAAAAAAUUCAAGCUAGUUUUAGCUCUGGUUCACUGGCAUUAAAUUCAUAUGAAAAUGGUCAAUCUCAGGGUUUAUCUUCAAGUGGAAAUCAUGGACAACAAUCACAUGGUCAUGUUAAACAUCAAACAUUUGGCCAGGCAAAUGUUCAAGGCUCAGCAAAUUCUGGAUCAGUUAUUAAAUUUCCAAAUGAUAAUUAUAAUAAUCAAAAUAUUCAAAGAGAAUUUAUAAGAAGUAGAACUAAAAAAUCAUCGAAAAAUCCAAUCAAUGAAUUUUUUACUGAUUUAUCUGAUACAGUUGUUGAUUUGUUUGAAUUUUAA